AUGGGGAGCUUUCCUCUUUUCCAACCAAUUUCCAAAUGUAGCACAAAAGAUAGAUCAAACCAAACCGUUGCAUCCGACUUAGACGGCACGCUACUCGUGUCGCGAAGCGCAUUUCCCUACUACAUGCUCAUCGCACUCGAGGCCGGAAACAUUCUAAGGGCAUUAUUUCUCUUAUCCUUAGUCCCGUUCGUAUAUUUCGCGUACCUAUUCGUCUCCGAGACGCUCGCGAUCAAAACAUUGAUUUUUGUCACAUUCGCGGGACUAAGGAUAAGAGAUGUUGAGAUAGUUUCCCGGUCGGUUUUACCUCGGUGUUACGCCGAGGACGUGCAUCCGGUGACAUGGAACGUGUUCAAUUCGUUCGGGAAACGCUACGUUGUGACCGCGAGUCCCAGGAUUAUGGUUGAGCCUUUUGUUAAGACGUUUUUGGGAGUUGAUAAGGUGCUUGGAACUGAAUUGGUGGUUACAAAAAGAGGCAGAGCAACAGGGUUUGUUAAGGAACCUGGAGUUCUUGUUGGUGCACACAAGAAAGAGGCAGUUAUUAAGGAAUUUGGAAUUAACAACUUGCCUGAUUUGGGACUUGGAGACAGUGUAACUGACUCUCACUUCAUGUCAAUUUGCAAGGAAGGAUACAUGGUGCCAAGGACUAAAUGUGAGCCAUUACCAAGAAACAAGCUUCUAAGCCCUAUAAUUUUUCAUGAGGGAAGAUUAGUCCAAAAACCAACCCCUCUAGUUGCACUCUUAACCUUCCUAUGGAUGCCAAUUGGGAUCAUACUUUCAAUCUUAAGGGUAUAUCUCAACAUACCCUUACCAGAAAAAAUUGCUUGGUACAAUUAUAAGUUACUUGGAAUAAGAGUAAUUAGAAAAGGUACACCUCCACCACCACCAAAAAAUGGACAAAGUGGUGUACUCUUUAUUUGCAACCAUAGAACAGUUUUAGAUCCAGUCGUUACAGCAGUUGCAUUAGGAAGAAAAAUAAGUUGUGUGACUUAUAGUAUAAGUAAGUUUACCGAAAUUAUUUCGCCUAUAAAAGCGGUCGCACUUACAAGGGAAAGAGACAGAGACGCUGCGAAUAUAAAGAAACUUCUUGAAGAAGGAGAUUUAGUGAUUUAUCCUGAAGGAACGACUUGUAGGGAGCCGUUUCUAUUGAGGUUUAGUGCUCUUUUCGCCGAGUUAACGGAUAGGAUUGUUCCUGUCGCGAUCAAUACGAAACAAACCAUGUUUUAUGGGACUUCGGUUCGGGGACAUAAAUUGCUGGAUCCUUAUUUUGUGUUCAUGAACCCUAUGCCAACUUAUGAGAUCACUUUCUUGAAUCAAUUGCCCUUGGAGUUGACUUGCAAUGGAGGGAAAUCAUCAAUUGAAGUUGCAAAUUAUAUUCAAAGGGUUCUUGGAGGGACUCUUGGCUUUGAAUGUACAAGUUUAACAAGGAAGGAUAAGUAUGCUAUGCUCGCAGGAACAGACGGAAUCGUUGGAUCAAAGAAGAAAGAUUAA